AUGAAGGCUAAUAUCUUGGGGGGAAUAGUUGACCGGGAUGAAGUCGAUCGUCUGCGGAAGAGGUUCAUGAAGCUCGACAAGGAUAACUCGGGCACCAUCGAACGGGAAGAGUUCCUCAGUCUACCGCAGAUCUCAUCAAAUCCGCUAGCAACAAGAAUGAUAGCCAUCUUCGACGAGGACGGCGGCGGCGACGUCGACUUCCAGGAGUUUGUGUCCGGGCUGAGCGCCUUCUCGAGCAAGGGCAACAAGGAGCAGAAGCUGCGGUUCGCGUUCAAGGUGUACGACAUUGACCGGGACGGCUACAUCAGCAACGGCGAGCUGUUCAUCGUGCUCAAGAUGAUGGUGGGCAGCAACCUCAAGGACCAGCAGCUGCAGCAGAUUGUCGACAAGACCAUCAUGGAGGCGGACCUGGACAAGGACGGCAAGAUCAGCUUUGAGGAGUUCACCAAGAUGGUCGAGAACACGGACAUCAAUUCUGAGAACGUUACACAUUAG